UCCUUUAUUGUGUAAGGACUGGGAACUGGAAACUCAUGGAAUUUUCUCAUGAGAUUGUGGGGGAACCCUGGACUUAACACCACCUUGCGUAUUCAGGUCAAUAUUUUUGACCAUGAUAUAACAGAAAAGUACUUAACGGUACAUUCAAAUGUUGGUUAACCAUUAGCUCGGGGCGGUUUAGUGCUCGUUUGCUAGUAAAAUAGUAGAACUGUAGAUACAUCUAGUUCACUCAUCUUCCUAGUAGACGAGCUUUGAAUUUUCAGUUGACGUGUUUACAUCCGGGGUCUUUCAGAUGAACAUCCGGAGCUGGGCAGUGCAGGUCAGCUGACCGUUGUGAUCAACUAGCGGCUGUUGUUAACAUCUCAUCUGAAGAGGAGUACAAGGAAGAAACUGCCUCUUAUCUGUUCGUCCAAACGCUUCCAGCCGCUCACCAGCCCUUUCCCCCGAUAACCCGCCACGUCUUCCCGACCUCCGCAGGGAUGAGUGUGGGUGCUCCGAGAGGCCUGGCCAGCUCGGGGCAGAAGCUCAUCACGGAGAUCCUCCACCCGCUGUCCGCCACCGAGGAGUCGCUGUCCCCGGGGCCAGAUGUCACCAUCAACGCAGAAAAGGAAAAGCAGGAACCGGGCCUGACCAACGGCAUGCCGGUGGAGAUUUCCAGUCCUGCCUCUGCAUCGGUGCUGCUCAACAGGCUGCAGCUUGACGAGGGCCCGGAGGCAGACUCUCAGGACCCGUAUGACUCCACAGAACCCUGCGACCUCUUCGUCACUGUCGAUGACCCAAAGAAGCACGUCUCUACUAUGGAGACCUACAUCACCUACAGAGUCUCCACCAAGACAACACGGGUAGAGUUUGACCUUCCGGAGUACUGCGUCCGGCGGCGCUACCAGGACUUCGACUGGCUGAAGAUGAAACUAGAAGACAGCCAGCCGACCCACCUCAUCCCCCCGCUGCCCGAGAAGUUUGUGAUGAAGGGCGUGGUGGACCGCUUCUCGGAGGAGUUUGUGGAGACGAGGAUGAAGGCUCUGGACAAGUUCCUGAAGCGGGUCGCGGACCACCCAGUCCUGUCUUUUAACCCACAUCUUAAUGCCUUCCUGACUGCCAAGGACCUGAACAAGCGUCAGGGUCUGGCCCUGCUGACCAAAGUGGGAGAAUCCGUGAAGCAUGUGGCCGGAGGCUACAAGCUGCGGGCGCGACCGGCUGAGUUCUGCGCCAUGGGAGAGUAUUUGGACACAUUCAGCCAGAAACUGGGAACCAUCGAUCGCAUCGCUCAGAGAAUCCUCAGAGAACAGUCAGAGUACCUGACAGAGCUGCGUGAGUAUGGUGCCGUCUAUUCAAGCUGGGCCGCGUCAGAGGAGCAGCUGCAGCGCCCCCUUGAGGGCGUGGCCGGCUGCGUGACGACGAGCUGUGGUGCUCUGGAAGAUCUCAGUGACAACAUGAGCCAGGACUUCCUGCCUGUUCUCAGAGAAUAUGUUCUCUACAUCGAGUCCAUGAAGAACGUUCUGAGGAAGCGAGACCAAGUUCAAGCGGAGUACGAGGGCCGCCUCGAAGCAGCCGUGUUGCGCAAACAAGAAGAUCGAACACCCAUUCCUGUGGAGGUGGAGAAAUGCCAGGACAAAGUGGAGUGUUUCAACGCUGACCUGAAAGCAGACUGGGAACGCUGGCAGAGGAACAAGAGGCAAGACUUCAAGCAGCUCCUCACGGGCAUGGCCGACAAAAAUAUGAACUAUUAUGAAAAGUGCCAGACAGCAUGGGAGUCCCUCAUAACUGUCCUCCAGGAAAAACAGACUGAGGACAAAACGAGUGAGACGAACUGAACUGAAUGUGUGCUUUCACCUCACGCUCAUCCAGGCCAAGGAAACGGUGACAAGACUACAGACUCUACCUGCUACUGUCUGCCUCCUGUUCUCCUGAGAGACGAUCACACAGAGAGCAGUCGCCUUCCACACGUAGUCGGCCUGUGAAGAAGGAAGGUAAUGAGUGGUGCGUUUAAGGUCAGCUGGGAGAGUAGAGAACCUUGUGUACAGAGCCUUCUUUUUUUUCUAUGGACUUUUUCUACCUAAUAUUUCGAAUUAACAGUUUUUUUGUUGUUUUUUUUUUUUUUGUUGCCGUUGCUGCUUGUGUUUAUUUAACUAUUUUUGUGAAGAGAUGCAUUGUUUAUCUGUCCUCUGUUUUUCACACUGAGCCAAAUGAGUAUCGAGGACCGGAAGUGCCACAGUUCAAUACACCAAAAAUUUGGUGAUUAAAUAUCUAUAUAUGUCACAAGUUAUAUAAAAGAGUUAAAAAAAAAAAAGAAAUACAUUUAUAGAUGAUAAUUUUUUUAAUUAGUAUAGCCUUUUUGUUUUGUUGAAUUUAUUUAUUUUCUUAUGUGAGAAGUGGUAAUGAAGUGAUUGGGUGGGCCUGGCAUUGCUACGUUGCAAGUUGAACAAUCAUUAUAUAUGUAUAUAAAAAUAUUAAUAUUUAUUUACCAAAUAAUUUAGUUUAUUGAAUUGUGGCUUUUUUUGCUCUCGAUGAAUGAGAAGAACUGUUGCGAAAACUUGUAUUAUUUUUUUUUUUUGCUCCUACUAGAAGGUAAAACUUUAAAUUAGACUAAAUCAUUUUUCAGCUCAUAUUAUAUUUCUAUUCUUGACUGGUUACAUCUGAAAAUAAGGGUCAGAAAUAGUUAAUUUUACAAGGCUCAUCAACUUUCUUUCUUUUUUGUCAUGAUAAAACCAACCUGGGAAACUUUCAUGUUUUACCUUCUCAGCUUUAUUGCUAAGUGUCCAUCAGCACCACCUAGUGGCACAGCUUUUAAUUGUUUCAGUUUCGCAUUCUCUACUUCUGUUAGAUUCUGUUGUUGUAACGGUUGUAAUGAUCAUUUAAAGCCACAGUAUCUUAAUGCUCCAGCCCUGUUCUACAAGUUAAAGUUGGGAAUGUUGAGCAGUGUGGGAAAUGUCCCUGGAAUAAAAAGGUUUAAAGUUGAAAUUGGUGAAUCAUUCCAACUUAGUAAACUGAAGCAUAAAGAGGAACUUAAACCAUCCAAUAAGAAGAGGGUUUUAGUUACUUAUUAAACAAACGGCAUGAAGCUGAAUAAGUCCUGUGGAAAUCUUUCCCCAGUGUACACUGGUUCACCUUGUACACAGUAUUGACUUUGUGAUCCAUCUGCAGAGCUGUGACGCAGUUGGAAAAAAAUUUAAAAACACAGAAGCAGCUCGUCGAAAGCAUCACAGUUUUUAUGUCACGUGUUUUUUUUUUUUUCUCAUUGUGUUCCUGAUUUGGUGUCGCUUUAAAGGUGCAAAAAAGCCUUUGCUGCCCUGAGAUCAAAUAACAAUGCUCCUGUGACGGCUCUCAGCCAAGAGGAAGGUGAAACCUGAUGAAAAUGUCAUUAUUUAUUCCCUCUUAUACUCCCCUCACAGCUGUGUGUGCUUGGGUCAGUAUGACUUGGCAUUAAGUAGCAAAAAUAUGGCCAGUUUUUUCAGGGCAGGCUCAGCUAUGUGACAUUAUCCCAACACCACAUUAACAUUUAGCUUUUGUUCAUUUUUGCACAGAUGUAGCCUCAGACAGUAAGUAUUAUAUGUCUGAUGAGACGAGAGAUUUUCAGAAUAAUUUUUGAAUUUUCCUUGUUUUGAUUUCUGUAUUGGAGGUUUUGAAGCUGGUGCCACAUUAAUACACCUGCCCUCUUUGCAACCAAACAUAAAGGACGAGUUAGUGUCUGCAGCUUUUAGAUGUUCGCCACUGCCUUGUUUUUUGUCCCUCAUAAACUCUACAUUUUUUAAAACAGCUACUCAUUUAAUCGUACGACCAGAUGUGAAAAAGGACAAGAAUGAAGAAAAUUUCUUUCCUUUGGCCAUGUAAGGGCCAGGAAGAGAAAACCAUUCCAGGUAGCUAUAAUUCUAUGAUGGCAGCGACAAUAGAGGAUCUUUGGAUGCGCUCAUACUUAAAGCUUGAGUGACUGUAUCUGACUGCAAUAACAUCAAAAUAUGAGGAUGCAUUUGAAGAAGGGAGCAGAAGAGAUCCAAAUACACCAUCUCUCUUUUGCUUGUAUUUUUUCUUACACAUAACUAUGAUACUACUGCAUUAAAACAAAGCUUUUUUUUUAAUGUAAUAUUGAUGCAAACAAAACUGGCUUACAGACAUCCACCCUACAAUUACUGGCACCCCUGGUAAAGAGAAAUAAAAACCUUAAAAUAAGCUAAUCUUGUUUUAAGCAAGCUAACAAAUCAACUUAACCCUGGGUUCAUUUGUUGUUAAUGUUUACAGUAUUGCUCCGACUGUUGACACGGGCGAGUGUAGUAGAGUAGCUCCUUUUCUUCAGUACACAUUUACCUCACUUGAAUGGCAUGUUCUCCUGUCUUUCCCAUUUUGAAAACUGAUUAGGAGAAAUGGACCUCUAUGUUGCUAAUUUAAAGUUUCUUGGUAUUCCGAUAAAUGUAAAAAAAAAAAAAAAAGUGCCAUUUAAUUUGUUGCUUUUAUUUUACGGGAAUAUUAGAGGUACCAAUAAUUAACCGUCCAUUUUUUUCUCGCUGAGUGAAGAAACGUAAAUAAAAGACUUUCAGUAGGAGAUCAUUCUUCCGCAAAAAGAAGGUGAAUUUAUUUUAAUGCUUUUUACAUUUCUUUGCCAGGAAAGCAGAGGAGGAGGGUGCUGGAAAAAUGAAUUUUUGAAAAACUGUACAUUGGUACUUAUUGGUGUUGACCUCAGAGUUAAAAAGACUUUAUUUGUAGUACAGGAAAUGAAUGCAGGUAUUAAUACAAAACAAGAGUUUAAAUGUCAAGCUUUAAAAAAUAAUUAACCUGAGUUUCCACGCCUACGUUCACUUGAUUGUUACGUUUUUCUUUACUUUGUUUUAAAUUCCCUGUUCAGUGACGAGUUACGUUUUGAUUUCAAAAUGACAAACAGGUACUAGUGCAUCCGUCGACCUCAUCUGGUGUAAAUGAAGUAACGGUGUCCAGACACGGGCCAGCUGGCUCUGUUUUCAAAAGAAUGAUGGACUGUAAACAUUUUAGAAGGGACUGUAUGUGUGCACUGGCUCUGUAAAUCUGGAGGAAGAAUGAAUAAUGGAAAAGCUGAUUUUGGGUUGUGCUCCUGACUCAUGCAGCUGUGGUUCUGUAAGGUUUAAUGUUAGCUGAUGUGUUUUUCUCUGCACUAACCCAGUGUCUGGAACAACAUUUCUCUGGGUUGAUAAAACUGCUGGAUUCGCAUCAAGCGAGGCAGAUUUUGUGGAGAGCAUCCAGAUGAAUCCCAACGGUUUAACGAACGUACGAGUUUAAAGCUGUUUCUGUUUUUCUCUGUUCCACCCCAGUGUGCUCUGUUUACGUCCCUGAUUGUACAUUUGAAUGUUAAUAAUUUGUUGUAAUUAUAAAUAAGCUUGUAUACUGAUGUUUUGAUGCAAUUUAUCUUUACCACAUUUUUUGGAUAUACAAUAACAAGGAGAAUAAAUGAUGAUUCAUACA